AUGGAGUCUACUCUCGACAAGUCGAACAAACGCAAGAGAAAGCAUGGCAAGUCCUCGGCUGCCGUAGCGGAAGCUCAGCCCGCCCUUUCAGCCUCAACCGAAAAAGUCCCAGUCCCAGUCCCUGCCUCGACGACACAGCCUGGAGCAAAGAAGCAGAAGAGGCGGAAAACAUCUCAUACAAGUGACGAAGAAGGCAACUCUGGAGUAGAAGAUGUGUCUGAACCGACCUCCAAUGCUGCGGAGAGGCAGAGUUCCAGCGAGGACGAGGACCAGGAUAAUGAGUCCGCUCUCGACGACGAGCACAACUCGGCCGACGAAGCCGGAUCCGAUUUAGAAGAGACUGGGAAUGAAGCCAAUGGAACCAUUGAGACUACCACCAUCAACCCAACAGACCUCCCAACCGACACAGUGCCAUCUCUACCAGGCACAAACGUCACGCCGCAGAAGUUCUCCGAACUAGCACUCUCGGAGAGAACAAUGAACGCCAUCAAGGAAAUGAAAUUUGAAAACAUGACCGAGAUCCAACGACGUGGAAUCCCACCGCUCAUGGCCGGGCGAGACGUCUUGGGCGCUGCCAAAACCGGGUCCGGAAAGACACUGGCGUUCCUCAUCCCGGCUGUGGAGAUGCUGCGUGCGCUACGCUUCAAGCCACGCAACGGGACCGGGGUGAUUGUAGUCUCGCCGACAAGGGAAUUGGCACUGCAGAUAUUCGGCGUGGCCAGGGACCUGAUGCAAUUCCACACCCAGACGUUCGGGAUCGUGAUCGGUGGCGCCAACCGCAGCGCCGAGGCCGACAAGCUGACCAAGGGCGUGAACCUGCUGAUCGCGACGCCAGGCCGACUGCUGGACCACCUCCAGAACACCAAGGGGUUCGUAUACAAGAACCUGAAGGCGCUCGUGAUCGACGAAGCCGACCGGAUCUUGGAAGUUGGCUUCGAAGACGAGAUGCGGCAGAUCGUCAAGAUCCUACCCAAGGAGAACCGGCAGACGAUGCUGUUCUCGGCCACGCAGACCACCAAAGUGGAGGAUCUGGCGCGCAUUUCACUCCGGCCGGGACCGUUGUACAUCAACGUCGAUCACCAAAAGGAACACAGCACGGUCGAGGGCCUCGAGCAAGGCUAUGUGAUCUGCGACAGCGACAAGCGAUUUUUGUUGUUGUUCAGUUUCCUGAAGCGAAAUCUGAAGAAGAAAGUGAUUGUGUUCAUGUCGUCGUGCAACUGUGUCAAGUAUCACUCGGAACUACUCAACUACAUCGACCUGCCGGUGCUCGAGCUGCACGGCAACCUCAAGCAGCAGAAGCGCACCAACACGUUUUUUGAGUUUUGUAAUGCCAAAACUGGCAUUCUGGUCUGCACCGACGUCGCCGCCCGAGGCCUCGACAUUCCUGCUGUCGACUGGAUUGUUCAGUUUGACCCGCCCGACGACCCGAGAGACUACAUCCACCGGGUGGGCCGAACGGCGCGAGGGGCUAACGGUAAAGGUCGGAGUUUGAUGUUUCUGCAGCCCAACGAAGUCGGCUUCCUCAGUCAUUUAAAGGAGGCGAGGGUGCCUGUGGUUGAAUUUGAUUUCCCGGCCAAGAAACUGCUGAACAUCCAGAGUCAACUGGAAAAAUUGAUUUCGCAGAACUAUUAUCUCAACAAGUCCGCCAAAGACGGUUACCGAUCCUACUUACAGGCCUAUGCGUCGCAUAGUCUACGCUCCGUCUUCGAUGUGAACAAGCUCGACUUGGUCAAAGUGGCCAAAAGUUUUGGCUUUUCCACUCCGCCCAGGGUGGAUAUCCAAUUGGGAGCGAGCAUGCACCGGGAUAAGAAGCAGAAUGGGAGAAGAAGUUACGGCAGUCAGCCGAAACAGAACGGCCAUGGACAUGGGUAUGGUCAUGGAAAUGGAAAUGGAUUGAAAUUCAAGAGGAAAUCCGGCCAUGAAUGA